AUGCCAGGAGUUUAUGAAGCUUCUCAUUUAUAUUACAAAAAUGAUAAAGGUGAAAUAUAUGUAGGAGAAAUUAAAUAUGUGGCUGGAUCAAAAAGUGUUGAUCUACCAAUUUAACAAUUAGCAGAAUAAUUUAAUAUAAAUCACAUCAUUGUAUCAUAGACUAAUCUUUGGGUUUUUCCUUUUUUAAGUUCUCAUAGAUGUGAUCAUACAAUCAUAUAAAAGACUAGUGAUAAAGUCUUUCAAUUCAUCGUAGGAGAAAUUAAAUACAGAAUUCAGUAGAUUAUGAACAUAGGAAUUCUCCCAAAAAUGAUAUGUAGAAUGUCAAAAAUAUUAAUAUAACAAUACGAAGGAAAUAUAACUAUAUGGCCUAAAUUCUUAUGGUUAGAUUAUUCAAUGAUAUCCUGUUUAAAGAAUGAAGGUAGAAGGCUAAAGAAGAACAUAUGA